UGGUUUCGUGAAAGUUACCCAAAAACAACUAUUAAAUCGCCGAACCCGCCAUCUGUCUCCGAACUCAGAAGAACGCUGCCGCCUGAAGUAAAUGCAUAAGAAAAACUUCAUCUUUCUCCUUUUCUCUCAACUAAUAAUUUCACACUCAUAGCCUCUCUUCAUCCAUCUAUCGAUCUCUUCUCACUGAAUCGCGAGCUUAUCUGCGAUUUCUUUCUUAUGGGUGCUGCCUGAUUCGUGCUAUGGACCAGAAGGAUAGAGCAACAGCUUCCUUGCUCAAGCGUGUUUUAGUUUCUUGUGCGUCUCAGGCAAAACAAUAUGGGGGUUGUGUUGCGGCGAAGGUUCCAAAAGUUGAACGUGAUAUGUGUUUGAAAGAAUUUAUUGCACUAAAGUCUUGCAUGCAAAAUACGCUUCGGGGGAAAUGAUAAGCAUCAUUGCUUUAUUGAAGAAAAUAUCAAUAUCAGUUGUAAAGCUUGGAGCAGUAGAAGAAAAUUUCUACAUUCACGACAUUGAAGCGUAUGUGUGAGGUUUGAGUGAACGAGCUUAAUUUGGAUUGCAUAAAUUGCUUGGUUCCAUUUUCAGAAACUUUUCUCUGAGGUUAAGAGGUGACUUGAUAAAAUGUCUGGAAGACCAUCAAGAUUACAACCUGGUGCUGGUCUAAGCAAAUCCAGUGCUCUCUCCCAUGUUUAUAUACAAUAUCCACCUUUACGAUGUAGAAUUCCUGGAUCAAGGGGAUUAUUUUUUGAUGAUGGAAAUAAGUUAUUGAUCUGCCCAAUCUUGGAUCAGAUCUUCUCAUGGAAAACUGUUCCCUUUAAUCCUGGUGUGGCUUAUACCAGUGAUGCAAUUACAGAAGGGCCCAUUUUAUCUGUUCGAUAUUCUUUAGACUUGAAGAUUAUUGCAAUACAAAGAUCAAGUCAUGAAAUACAGUUUUUGAUUAGAGAAACAGGUCAAACUUUUAGUCAGAAAUGUAGACAAGAGUCGGAGAGCAUUCUGGGAUUUUUCUGGACGGAUUGUCCCUUGUGCAAUAUUGUAUUUGUGAAGACCAGUGGGCUGGACUUGUUUGCUUAUAGUUCUGAUUCAAAGUCUUUGCAUUUGGUGGAGUCAAAGAAAUUGAAUGUGAGCUGGUAUGCCUAUACGCACGAAAGUCGAUUGGUGCUUAUGGCUUCUGGAAUGCAGUGCAAAACUUUUCAUGGAUUUCAGCUUUCAGCAGCAGGGAUUGUUCGCUUGCCAAAGUUUGAAAUGGCGAUGGCAAAAUCUGAUGCUAACAGCAAGCCUGUCCUAGCCACAGAGGACGUCUUUAUUGUCACUGUCUAUGGAAGAAUAUAUUGCUUGCAAGUAGAUAGAAUUGCAAUGCUACUUCAUACCUACAGGUUCUAUCGUGAUGCAGUUGUGCAGCAGGGUUCUUUGCCAAUCUACUCGAGCUGGAUUGCUGUGAGUGUGGUUGACAACGUGUUACUUGUUCAUCAAGUUGAUGCAAAAGUAGUUAUUCUUUAUGAUAUUUUUACUGAUUCGAGGGCACCCAUAUCUGCCCCACUUCCUUUGUUGUCGAGAGGUUUUCCUGGACCCAAUAUUGAUGUCCGAAGUAGUAAGCAAGAUAGUGCUAGUUUAGAAGUUGAUGCGGUACCUGAUGAAGCAAUUGUUUACGGGGAUGGUUGGAAGUUUCUUGUCCCAGACCUGAUUUGUGAUCAUGUCAACAAAUUAGUAUGGAAGAUACAUAUAGACUUAGAGGCAAUUGCUUCAAGUAGCUCUGAAGUGCCAUCACUUCUAGAAUUCUUGCAGCGACGUAAAUUAGAAGUUAGCAAGGCUAAACAGUUGUGCUUGACCUUGACAAGAACUAUGAUCCUUGAGCACAGGCCGGUGGCUAGUGUUGCUAAGGCUAUAGAUGUUCUAAUCUCAUCAUAUACUCGCUCAAGCAAAAUAGGUCAUAAUAUCAAGGAAUCAAAAACCGACGGAUCGCAAUCGGUUGUGCCUCAAGAUAGUGGCUCUGGCCCUGUACCUGGUUCUAAUAACCGUGAUUCAACUGCUGGAGUGGAAAGUGAAGCUCUUCACAGAACUUCAAUAUUUCCAUCUUCGGAUUCUGAGGAAAAUGCUGACAUUGAACAACUAAGUACAGUUCCAGGCAACCAUCAGUCUAUAGUUGAAGCUCAGGCAUCAUCUUCACACUAUCAACAUCUUGGCCCUGGAUGUAUUCGGUUGAAUGACAAUGUCUCUGAUGAGGGAUCUAUGAUUUCGUCACCAUCUAUCUCACCAGAUGAGAUGUACAGCUUUGUGUUCGCUCCCAUUGAGGAAGAGAUAGUCGGAGACCUUUCUUACUUGCUGGCUAUAAUUAUCGAGUUCCUCCGCAGGGUUAACAUGGAAAAGAUCAAAGUAAACCCAAACAUCUAUGUCUUGACAGUUCAAAUAUUAGCUCGCAAUGAACGAUACACAGAAAUUGGAUUAUUUGUGCAGCAAAAGAUUCUAGAACCUUCUAAAGAGGUUGCCUUGCAAUUAUUGGAGUCUGGUCGCAAUAAUUUCCCGACAAGGAAACUGGGUCUGGAUAUGCUCCGGCAGCUUUCUCUACAUCAUGAUUAUGUGUCGCUGCUCGUGCAAGAUGGAUAUUACCUCGAAGCAUUGCGCUACACAAGGAAGUUUAAGGUUGACACAGUCCGGCCGGCCUUGUUUCUUCAAGCCGCUUUUGCAACCAACGACUCGCAACGUUUGGCAGCAGUUUUGAGAUUCCUGUCAGAUUUAACUCCUGGAAUAAAAAAUAGCUCAGAUUACAUUAGAUACCAUCAGAUCCUCACUGAAAUGAACUCUUGUGCUUCUGCUUGAGAUUUCCAAAAUCCAGUUCAUUGCACGGAUGGAACAGCAAAUGUCAAGGAAGCUCUUGCCCUUUUUAAGAUGAAAAUGUCUGAUGUUUCUAUCAACAAGAUCCUGAGAUAUAGAUGCCACAACCUCCCUAUAAACAAGGGAAGAAAAAUGGGUGAAGUAGUGAAGAUGCUGCAAAUGGAGACUACAGAGAUUAAAUGGUCACCCCCUCCCUAGAAAAAAGAAAAGGGGAAGAAAAUAAAUAAGCUACACUUCACUCUAGCAAAUAGUUGGAUACCACAAAUUGAUUAUUGAUUUACUGAAAUAAUCCUGAAUCUUCUCAUGUGAGAGAUGAAAUAACUUAGUUCACUCAAGGUAUCAACAAAUCAGGUAUAUGCUAAAUCAACAUUAUCACUACUUGUUCACUCCAAA